AUGUCAAAAACUGAGCUCCAUUUUGGCGGUGGGACAUCCGGGGCUGUUUUAGCUUCCCGUUUGUCAGAAGGUCCUGAUUCUGUUUUGUUGGUUGAAGCCGGAAGAUCUGAUUUAGAAAACGAGAAUGUUCCUGUCCCGGCGUAUGCCGCAAACAUUCAACUGACACAAGACGACUGGAACUAUUACUCCGUCCCUCAGCAGAGAACUGGGCUUGCCAUGAACGACAGGCGAGAAUAUUGGCCACGUGGUAAAAUACUUGGUGGUUGUAGUAGUACAGGGUAUUCCACUCAUCACAGAGGAUCUGUUAUAGAUUAUAAUGAAUGGGCGGCUGAAGGAGCAACAGGCUGGAGUUAUAGAGAUGUUCUACCAUAUUUCCUGAAAUCAGAGGAUAUGCAAAUCCCAGCAUUAACACAGUCACCAUUUCAUUCAACUGGUGGACCAUUGACCAUAACGACUGGAGCCUCCACGCCAGUACACAACUUUUUCCAAGCAGCUUCAUCAGAAUUGGCGUAUCAAACAAUAGACUGUAAUGGACCAGAUUCAAUAGGGUUUUGUCCAUUACAAAAUAACAUAAGGGAUGGUGAACGGUGCAGUUCUGUUAGCUGUUUUCUUAGAAGAGUCAUCGGUCGUCCAAACCUUCAAGUGUCUGUAAAUACUCUCGGUUCUAAGAUAAUCAUCCGAGACGGCCGUGCUGUAGGUGUCGAAGUUCUGAAGAAUGGAAGAAGGUUACAGUUAUUUGCCAACAAAGAAGUUAUUCUGUCGGCGGGAAUUAUUAAUACGCCUCAAAUACUUAUGUUGUCCGGAAUCGGACCAGCACCUCACUUGAGCAGGUUUGGGAUACCAGUUGAGUCAGACUUGCCUGUUGGGAAUAAUUUACAGGAUCAGCUAACGAUAUUAAUGCAUUACACCAUUGAUGCAAAUAUAACAUACUCCUCAGACAAAUUAAGCAGUCCUGCAAAUAUGGCGGAAUGGCUCGUAUCGAAAACAGGAGUUUUAUCUCGAGCUGGUGCAGACGGAACAUUGUUUGCAAGAACAGGACCAUCUCCAAGUUUACCUUUGAACUAUCCAGAUAUUUGGAUAUUUGGUUUAAGUUAUGCAUCUGACGAAGCAACUGUCGAGAAUGGGUUCAAAUUUAAUUUCCGACCUGAUGUAAUUAGAAAUCAAGUGCAAAAUGCCGAUUCAUCUGGAUUCAACUUGUUUCCAUUACUGAUACGACCUGAAAGUAGAGGCACUAUUCGAUUAGCUUCAACCAAUCCACGGGCGGAACCAUUAAUUAUUCCAAAUCACUUAGCAACAAGUAAUGACGUAGAUACACUGAUACGAGGAAUAAGACUGGUACAACGACUUGUGUCUACCCAAUCAUUUGGGCGGAUCAUGCCUAGAUUUGUACGAAGAGACUUCGGAGGAGUAUGCCAACAACAGUUUGAUUCUGAUGAGUACUGGAGAUGUAUGUUACAUCAUUUUAGUCAUCAUAUAUAUCAUGCUUGCUGUACCAACAGAAUGGGAAAUAUAAAUGACCCAACAGCAGUAGUUGAUCCUGAAUUGAGGGUUAAAGGUAUACAGAAUUUACGUGUUGUUGACGCAUCAGUGAUGAGGAACCAGAUUGCUGGCGAUCCACAUGCUCCAGCUAUAAUGAUAGCAGAGAAAGCAGCCGAUAUGAUCAGGGGAAUAAAUACUGUAGGUAGAUGGAGACAGCAAGUGGAUAUGGCGAUCUCAGGUGGUAUUUCCCCAUUAGGUAGACGUCAGGUGGAAAUGGCGACCAAAGGUCGUUCUUCCAAAUUAAAUAGACAAUAUUAA